AUGGGAUUGCAGGAUUCUUUCGGGAAUUGCAAUUGUUUAAGUUUGGAAUAUGAUAAGGAGAAAAAAGGGAUUAAAUAAAUACUAUUCAAUUGGGGUUUCCCAGAGGAGGAGAGUGAAAUAGAAAUAUGA